UCUGGGGCUUGGCCGCCCUGCCUGGUCCUCAGUCCCCACAUGCAUGUGAGUGCGAGCCUCUGCUCUCUGCAUUCCGAGCCCACUAUUACCACUAGCUGGACCCAGGAGGCGGAGAGCUGCUUCUCAGACCAGGAGGGUCAAAGGUAAAGGACAGAGACGAAGUCUUCCUCUCUGCUCCCACUCCUCUCAACAAGUCCUCUAAGAGUCUUCCAGCCUCUUCCCUGCUCUCGGUACUUCUGGGAAAGAAAAGCAAAACUUUUCCCAGAUGAAGAGAACACACCUGUUUGUCAUUGGGGUCUACAUGCUGUCCCUCUGCAAGGCAGAAGAGGGGCUGAACUUCCCCACAUACGAUGGCAAGGACCGCGUAGUAAGCCUUACUGAGAAGAACUUCAAGCAGGUUUUGAAGAAGUACGAUCUGCUCUGUCUCUACUACCACGAGCCCAUGUCUUCAGAUAAAGUUGCACAGAAACAGUUCCAGCUGAAAGAAAUUGUGCUUGAGCUUGUGGCCCAAGUCCUGGAACAUAAAGACAUAGGCUUUGUGAUGGUGGAUGCCAAGAAAGAAGCCAAACUUGCCAAGAAACUGGGUUUCAAUGAAGAGGGAAGUCUGUAUGUUCUUAAGGGUGAUCGCACAAUUGAGUUUGAUGGCGAGUUUGCAGCUGACGUCCUGGUGGAGUUUCUCUUAGAUCUAAUUGAAGAUCCCGUGGAGAUCAUCAACAGCAAACUGGAAGUCCAAGCCUUUGAACGUAUUGAGGACCAGAUCAAACUCAUUGGCUUCUUCAAGAGUGAGGAGUCAGAAUAUUACAAGGCUUUUGAAGAGGCAGCUGAACACUUCCAACCUUACAUCAAAUUUUUUGCUACCUUUGACAAAGGGGUUGCAAAGAAAUUGUCCUUGAAGAUGAAUGAGGUUGACUUCUAUGAGCCAUUUAUGGACGAGCCCAUGGCCAUCCCCAACAAACCUUACACAGAAGAGGAGCUCGUGGAGUUUGUGAAGGAGCAUCAAAGACCCACCCUACGUCGCCUGCGCCCAGAAGAUAUGUUUGAAAUAUGGGAAGAUGAUUUGAAUGGCAUCCACAUUGUGGCCUUUGCAGAGAGAAGCGACCCAGAUGGCUACGAGUUCCUGGAGAUCCUGAAACAGGUUGCUAGGGACAAUACUGACAACCCUGACCUGAGCAUCGUGUGGAUUGACCCAGAUGACUUUCCUUUGCUUGUUGCGUAUUGGGAAAAGACUUUCAAGAUUGACCUAUUCAAGCCACAGAUUGGGGUGGUGAAUGUGACAGAUGCUGACAGUGUCUGGAUGGAGAUUCCAGAUGAUGACGACCUGCCCACAGCUGAGGAGCUGGAAGACUGGAUUGAGGAUGUGCUUUCUGGAAAGAUAAACACUGAAGAUGAUGACAUUGAAGAUGAAGAGGAUGAAGGUGACGACAAUAAUAAUUCUGACGAGGACAGUGAUGACAGUGAUGAUGAUGAUGAUGACUAGCCUCGACUCCAAAUGAUUUUGAUGAGAACAGAAUCACAGCUACCCACUACCAUGCAGAGAGCACAAGGUGGCAGCAAGCUGCCCUGGCCCACGCCCAGCCAGCUCUCCUUUCCCUCUUCUAACCCCUCCUUCCCACUCCUUUCUCAUCAGGAGCUGCACAACUCAGCAAAUGCCUCUCUAAAUCCAGUAAUUCCACUCAGCAAGGACAAGUGGGGAAUUAGUACCAGGUUGACUGUCUUGGUUGUCAUGGAAAACCUUGUGUUCUUUGCCAGGCUGUCAGCAGUCAUGGCAGCACCAGCAUUUGGCCAUCUGGGGAGAACAAGCCCCUAGCACCUCCACUCCAGUUUACUUGUUGUCUUUGACCAUGACAGUAGCAGAAUCGACAGCUUGCUGACUCACAAGCAUGGAGUGACUUUAUAAUCAGCCCAGGGAAGAGACACAAUUAAUCCAUUUAGCCCCCAUGCUCAGAACAUUAGUUAGGAUCCCUCCUCAAGCUGAAGGGAUCUCUCUUAGGGAAGUCUCUAUCUUGGAAACAAAUUUGUAAAUUAGCUUCUUUUGACUCUAUUAAACUUAUUAUUCAAAUGUAGGCCAGUCCAUUACAAACUGAGAUCCAAGCCCUUGGACAGCUACUGAGAGGUCCGGAAACAUACAUGCACAGCUGUCACCAUCAUUUCUAGUAUAUUAGGAUAUGGGAUAGGAGAUUGAUUUGUUCUUUGAACUUCCCUUCAGGCGCCAAGUCUCAAAUAUACACAUGGAGGUGGGGGAACUCAAAGGAUUUUAAUUUUUCUUGAUAGGUUCAUGUCCCUGAUUGGGUCAACUGACUGCCUAGCCUGAGCUGGGAUCUGGGUACCCCUGCUCUGUCGCUGCUAGUGAGCCUUCCCAUUUGGAGUACUGGUUGGUUUAUCUAGAAAUCAAUCAACUCUCCAUUUAUCAGUACUCCCACAGUUGAGCAGGACAACAAUAAUUUGAGUUCAUAAUGUUGCCCUGAGGCACUGAAAAAAUCCCAAAGUGCCUCCCAAACUAUCUAAAGUUACACUGUGCUCAGUAGUUUUAGCAUUAAGUGUGCAUUAUAAUGUUCUAAUUUAUUUUCUCAAUCUUUGAACACAUGUGUAAGACACUGUGCAGAUUCUUUGAAAAUAAGGCAAGACUUCUUUGGAAUAGUCGCUAACUAAUUCUGUCAUUAAACAUAUUUUGAAAAUAUGGA